UACGUCCUCACACACAGCAGUGAGGUCCCGACACAGGGCCUACGGAGGCAUUGGACCUGUUCAAACCUGUUGUGCCUGAGCCUGAGUGCUCAUUGUUCUCAAAAUGUUUCCCGUGACUUUCCAUGAAAUAGGAAAUCUCAGUGAAGAAGAUCGGCAGAAAGCUUGUGAACAAAUUCUUCAAAAUUUGGGAAAGAAUACUGAAGAUGGCAGUAGCUGCCCCAAGCGGAGACGCCUUAUGUCUCCACCAGAUAGUGGUAUCGGCUGUUCAAACUCAUUGGAUCAUCCUCUUGAAACAACCGGGAUCCCAAGUGGCAUUAUACUGGAAGUAAGGAUGGAAAAUUUUCUGUCUCAUCAAUCUAUGGUUGUGUACUUAAAUAAAGAUAUUAAUUUUAUCAUUGGAGACAAUGGGUCAGGGAAAAGUGCAAUUUUGACUGCUAUUAUAGUCGCUCUGGGAGGAAAUGCUACCUCAACGGGCCGUGGUAUUGCAUUAAAAGAUUUUAUUCGACGUGGUAGCUCAGUUGCCAAAGUAAUAUGCAUCAUUUCCAACAGCCACGAACGUUGGUCUUUCAAAAGAGAAAUUUAUGGCCGGAAAAUAUUAAUUGAAAGAACAUUGUUGAUGGAAGGAGCAUCUCGUAUUAAAAUUAAGUCAGAAUCAGGAAAACUUGUCUCCACAAAAAUGGAAGAAUUGAGAGCUAUGACUCUAAGACUUGGGAUUCAAGUCACAAACCCCAUAAGUGUUCUUGAUCAGAAUUCUGCAAGGCAUUUUGUAAAUGAGAGUAAGCCGGAAGUAAAAUUUGAACUUUUCAUGAAGGCAACAAGCUUGCAAUCAUUAAGCGAUGUUAUGACUGAAAUAGAUAGUGAUCUAAAAAAAAUUUCUCAGGAAUUAAAUGCAAAAGAAAGGCAAUUGAGAGAAAAUAAUAAAGAGCUUAAUGAAGCUCAGGAAAAGUUAGAAAAACUUAAUAGGCUUGAAGAGGAUAGAAAAACCUCUUUGAUUUUAAAAAUGGAAUUACUGUGGGCUCAGGUCAGAGACUGCAAAAAUUUACUGGAAUCUGCUGAAAACAAUCUAAAAAUCACUCUUAAGAAGAAAGAAGAGGUCAGUAAUUUUAUAUCUGGAAGGGAAAUCACUGCUGAUCCAUUUCUUGAUAAAAUUGAGUCUUCCAAAAAAGUUGUAGCAUCUCUUGACAAUCAAAAGAAAGACAUUGAAAAUGAAAGGAGAAGUCUGCUUGUUUGCUGUAAAGCCCUCAAAAAAAGAGAGAAAGAGAUUGUUGAAGAUGAAUACCAGUCAAAAGUUCAAUUGGAAAAGUGUGAAAAGUUUAUUUCAGAAUACAAAUCUGAAAUUAAGUCUCAAGAGGAGAGAAUGUUGCCAGAACAUGCAAAGAGAAGACGUGAACAGGAAGAAGAGGUAAGUGAAAUGCAGAGAAAUGCAAAGCAGCUGUUGAAAAACUAUGAAUCCAAGAAAAGAGAGUUGCAAGACCUCCAGGCCAAAGCUAAUGACCUCAGAACCAAUCUUAUAAAAGUUGAUCGUAUUCAAAUAAGUAAUGAGGUAGAAUUAGAUAGAUUGACAAGGUUGCAUGUAGGAUACAUGUCUGCUAAAUCUUCCCUAUCGCUAUUUGGUCCAUGUAUGACUGAGCUUGUAAGAGCUAUUAAUAACACCAAUGGAUUUAAGGAGAAGCCAUUGGGCCCUUUAGGUUCUUUUAUAGAGUUAAAUGAUCCCAAAUGGGCACUAGCUAUCGAAAAUGCUAUUGGUUCCAUUGGUUAUGCGUUUGCUGUCACCAGUAAAGAAGAUGAGAAACUACUGAUGAGCUUGAUAAAAAAAAUAUGUUUGUAUGGUCCUAAAAUACCUAUUAGGCGAUUACAUAUCGCCAGGAAUCCCAUCGACACAUCAAAAACUUGUGCACGGACACCUCAGUACGGCAACAUUCUUGAUAUGAUUACAUUUCGAAAUGCUAGAGCUGGCAAUGUUUUAAUUGAAUUGUGUAACUUGGAUACAACGUUACUAAUUCCUUCUGGGGAUGAGUGUUUCACACUGUUAUCUAAAAGAGGGUCUGUGCCAAGAAAUUGUAGAAGGGCGUACACCCUAGAGGGAGAUUACUAUAAUCCGUCUCCCACAUAUGGAACUUACUACGGUCAUCAGUCAACAGCCAAAUACUUAAAUUCUUGUGAAGAUGUCAUACGGCAAACCCAGUUUGAAAUAAGUGAGACUGAAAAGACACUCAAGGCUACUGAAAAACAAUGUUCAGCUCUCAGAGCUGAGCAAAAUGUUCUGGAUAGUCAGAUCAAGCUUUAUAAUGCUGAUACUAAAAAAAUGUUGAUUGCUUAUGAUCAAAUUCAGGCAAAAAUAUUAAAUUUGAGAGAAGAAACAAUACCUGAUGUACAAACAGUUGCUUUACUAAGAGAUGAAAUAUCCGAAAAAGAGAAAUACAUGACUGAUUUGAAAGUGAAAAUGGAUAAACUGCAAACUGAAUUGCAAGUUCAACUACCAGAGAAACUCGGAAAAUUGAAAUCAGAAGAUGAUGAGUUGCAAUUAAAAUUGACAGAAAUUAAUUGCCAGCUAGAAAAUUUGUUACAUGAGCAAAAUGCUUGGAUUGAUGCAAGGAAAGAACUGGAAUCAUCACUGCAGGAUAAAAAGAACAAUUUGGAAAAAAUUGCUAAGGAAGAGGGCCAGUUGCGUUUAAAAGUGCAGGAGCUGGAAAUUAAGCAUACUAAAAUGGAGACUGAGUCUAAAAAAUAUGAAUCUCAUGUUGUAGACCAAUUUGUUGAGCAACUAGACAGAUUUACAAGCAAGUUUAACACCAAUAGAGCGGUUAAAACAAUUGAUAACGAACUCUGUUCAAUCAAUAAACGAAUUAGGCAUUUUGAGAAAGCAUUUGGCCAGUCUUCAGAAGAAUUUGAACAAGAUUACCAUGAAAAAGUUUUGUCUUUUAAUGUUUUGAAAGAACAGUUGGAACACUUAAGGAUAAAUGCUAAGACACUGCAGAAAGUAUUAAAUUUGAGAAAAAAAAUAUGUCAUACAGUCAAAAAUAUAACUAGUGUAAUAGUUUCUCACCAAUUUGGCAGGGUCUUACUAUCAAGAAAUUGCUCUGGAAAAAUUGUGGUGAAUUUUCAAACAAAAACUUUGGAAAUUAUUGUUCAUCCUAUGGAUGAAGGAGAAAGGGCAGGGAAAGGAACAUCAUCAUUGUCUGGAGGAGAAAGGUCUUUUGCAACGGUUGCAUUCAUAAUAGCAUUGUGGAAUGUGACAGACCUUCCGUUCUACUUCCUUGACGAAUUUGACGUCUUUCUGGAUCCACCAAGCCGUGUGCUUGCUCUUCAGCUUCUUCUGAAAUUUGCAAAGCUGAAGCCAGGACAUCAAUUUGGCUUCAUAACACCUCAUACGCUUCCUGGAGUUUGUGACUCACCAGAAGUCACAAUUUUUAGGCUUGCAGAUCCUGUACGUCAAUGAUACAUGUUAUAAGAUACAUUUAGAUAUAUGUGCAUACAUGCAGAUCAUCAGCAGUGACAAAUUGAAAUUGUGCAUGUGAAGUUGCAACUGUUAAGUAAAGACAGUAUUUGUCGUAAUUUUAUCACAAAAUGUUUGAUUUGAAAUUUUAUGCAUGUUACUUUUGUUUUUAAAAUCUAACUGAUUACGUUUUAUUAUUUACAUUUUUUACAUAAAAGCUUAUGUAUGAAAAUUAA